CCUCACGCGGAGGUGUAGAGGUUCCAGCAUCUUCCUUUUAGUCCAGCAUCUGGUCAGUUGCAUGCAUCAUUCUGAGUCUGAUUAGUAAUUUCACUAUUUUCCUCCGACGUUUUCCAGAAUAUCCGCCCUACGCCCUGUCUUGCACUCAUGGACCUACAGGUAGCUUAUUUGUGCUAUCCAGACCCUCCCUCCGCGGGGCUCGUAUUCUCGGUUAGAGCGAGAUGCCGCAACUCCUGAUUUAUCAGCAACUCUUUGCGAUUCCGUUCCAGCUAUAAAGACCACUGCAUUUUUGCCUCAGCUGCAUAUCCCAAGCCAUCCCGCUAAUUCGAAAAGGCAUUAACACCAUGGGCAGCACCACAACCCCCGAACAAGCAUUCGAACGCCUGGAGCAAGCGUUCCUGAACGCAAUCGAAGACGGAACCUGGCCGGGGGCAGUCGUCGCGGCGACCAACGUGAAUGGCACUUUUCACUACGCCAAAGCCUUUGGCAAGGACACGUGCGACUCUAACGGCAACCCCUUCGAGAUGGAUUCAAUCAUGGCGAUUGCAUCCAUGACCAAGCUCCUGACUACCAUUGCUGCUCUGCAGUUGGUUGAGAAGAAGCUCAUUGGUCUUGAUGACCAUGUCACGCAGUGGGUCCCGACGCUCGCCGACCAGGAGGUGUUAGAUGGCUGGGACGAGGCAGCAGGGGGGCGACCGCGCACGCACAGACGGAAGAAUAAAAUCACGCUACGCAAUCUGCUCACGCACAGUAGUGGCGCCGGCUACGACAUGAGCAAUCCGGAUCUUGCCCGGUUCACCGCGUACAUGGGCCGUGAGGUGAACUCCGGCGCCACGGUCGGUGAACGGUUCGGGUAUCCUCUCCUCUUUGAACCGGGCACGGGCUGGGAGUAUGGCACGGGCAUGGACUGGGUCGGGCAGGUCAUUGAGCGCCGGACGGGGCAGAUCUUGGAGGUAUACAUGCAGAAGCACAUCUGGGAGCCCCUUGGUAUUAAGCGCAUGUCGUUCUGGCCUGGGAGUAUUCCGGAUGUUGACAAGAAGCGACCUAGGAUGUCGGUUCGUGAUCCUGUUUCUGGGUGGCCGGUUUCGCUUGAGGGACCUCUUUUUACGGAGGGAGUCACGGAUUGUUUCGGGGGCCAGGGACUGUACGCGUCGAUGGAAGACUUUCUGAAGGUGCUGCAUUCAAUCCUGGCUGAUGACGGGCGGCUUCUCAGCAGUCAGUCGACAGCGAUGAUGUUCCAGCCUCAGCUUGGGGAAGCGAGUCGGGAAUCGCUGCAGCGGCAUCUCAGGGCAUCCACUCCCGGCUCUUUGUUUGUUGGUAUUUUCGACAACACCCUGUUGUACGACUGGGGCCUGGGCGGGAUGCUAUGUAUGGAAGAUGCAAAGUCUGGCAGACGAAAACGGUCCUUAUUUUGGAGCGGAGCACCAAAUCAGUUCUGGUUCAUUGACAGAGAAGCUGAUCUAUGUGGUGUGUUGGGCACGCAGAUUCUCCCUCCUGGUGAUCCCAGGGUGGCCAAUGUGAUUGAGCUGUUUGAAAGCUCUGUUUUCGCUGCUCGAGAAGAACUUCCAGGCGGGCAGGGGGGUCGCUAAAAUGAUUAUCGCCAGGUUUCAAUUCAUCUUUAUUGUCCUUGGGCUUCCUCCUGUUCUUCCUGUUUUCGUUUACAUUUUUGGUUAGAUGUAGGUCUGCGCAUUAUUCAGCGUCCCUUUUGAAGGCAAAAUUAAACAAUCAAACAAGAACUCUAACUUAGUCUUGACAAACUGAGUAAAUAUCUAGGAGAUGCAAUAGCUUGAAGAGGCAGAUGUUACGCAGCUCCUGUACAUAUAAAUCAGGCUGUCUUCGAAUACAGGGGUCA